UCUAUUGGUUAGUGGCUGUCGGUCGAUUUUACUAUACUAUAUACAUGUAGCACACGUGGGUCGAGGUUAUAACUUUCCUAUAUCGUUCAGUGUAGAAUUUUGUGUUAAUUUUAUAUGAACAAUUUUGAAUUGAAUUCUUAUUUAGGAGAUUUAUAAUAUAAGAAAGAUGGGUAUACCAAUAAUAUCACAUUAUUUAGAUGAAAUAGAGGAUGCUGUAACAAAAUAUGGAGAUCCUCGAACACGAUAUUGGUUUAUGUUUUUCGGGAAUCCAAUACCUGUGUGGCUGCUGACAAUUGCCUAUCUAGUAUUUGUUGUGUAUGCGGGUCCAAAAUUCAUGAAGAAUCGCAAACCAUACUCAUUACAGACUUUCAUGGUAGUCUACAACCUGGGACUUGUAAUAAUGUCAAUAUAUAUGUUUGCUGAGUUUUUGUUGAGUACCCGAGCUGCAGGCUAUAACUGGCUUUGUUCUCCGUACACGGAAAAUACAUGGAAGGACCCACGGGAAAUGAGGGUAGCCAAUGUUAUGUGGUAUUAUGCCAUAUCAAAAGCUAUAGAAUUGUUGGACACAGUGUUAAUGAUUUUACGGAAGAAGGAUGCUCAAAUCACAUUUUUACAUGUAUUUCAUCAUGCAACGAUGCUCAAUAUAUGGUGGUGGGUACCCACCUUUACACCAGGUGGUCAAACAUGGUUUGGAUCCUGUUUGAACUGUUUAGUUCAUGUUGUAAUGUAUUCCUACUACGGUCUAGCAGUUAUACCAUCAUUGAGAGAUAAACUGUGGUGGAAGAAAUAUAUCACAACAUUUCAACUGAUCCAGUUUGUUGUGACAUUUUCUCACACAAUGCAGACGUACUUCACCGGAUGUGAUUUUCCAAUGUGGGGACAGUAUUUGCUUGGAGGUUAUAUGGUUGUUAUGUUGAUUUUAUUUGGCAACUUUUACAUACAGUCUUAUAUAGUAAAGAAGAAUAGAAGGAAUCAAUUAAAGAAAACAGAAGCUGCCAAUGGGCAUAAAACAAACUCUGUCAGCGAAAAUGGUAGCCAUAGCAACAAAAGUAAAGUUGAUAGAAAACAGGUUGACGAUAAUGUUACAAAUGGCAAUUAUUUAAUGAAUGGACAUUCAAAUGGAGUGAUUAAGAGACAAUGAUAAAUAGUAUUGAACAAAAUUAGGUGUUUUUAGAAAUUUUAUACUUAUUAUAAACUAUUACGUUAGUGAAAACUUGAACAAUAAUAAACUAUUAUGUUAGUGAAAAAUUGAACAAACGGUAAUGCAGGUUUUAGAAUCAUGUCUGUGCAAGUGUGUAAUUAUUAUUCAAAUUAAUCAUUCUCUUAUAAAUACAUUUUUGUACUCCCUUUUGUUUUUUUUGUUUUUUGUUUUAAAUAACAAUUUCUUUGCCAUUUGAUUGUGUGCUGAUCUCAUUCCAGUGUUGAUUGUUCUAUUUAUAGCUUAUUCCUUCUAUAGCCUCAAAGCCAAAAGGUUAUCAGUUUUUUUUGUACGUAGCAACCUCCUAUGGUUUUGAUAUUAAAUGUCCUUGUGAUAAACCAUAAACCAGCUAGAACCAAAAGAGACUAACCUGUGCCAUCAGUAUAGAACCAGGCCAGUGUACGUCCAGUAUGACCAGGCUCUAUUUCUUUGCCUGCCCAAUGUGAUAAUGGACAGUUCCAAAAAUGGAAGCUGGAAAAGUCCACUUUAAGAAAUUCAGGGUUAUAUUAAGGGCUAUGUUACAAACAAAAUGCAUAAUAUAUAUUUAGUGUGAAAUGUUACUGAACACAAAGUUAUGUUUUAUAUUAAAGGCGUCAGGAAAACAAAAUAGAAUUCUAUCACACUUUAUUUCCAUUUCUUGUUUUUUUUCUCACUUUUCUGAUGUUUUCUCCGUGAGCCUUGGAUGUCAUCGUCGGAACCCACGGUACACAUUCUGUAUAUACCGUACUACAUUUACUGAUACUGGUAUACGGUAAAUAGCCUGGGUUACUGAGUAUGCUUGGAUCCAGGCCAAUAUCAAUUCAUCUGAUUCUAGUUUUGAAGAUAUAAGGAAAAGGUACAAUGUCAGUCUGUUCAUUACAAUAUCUGUUUCAUUUAAUGUUCUUGUAUUCAAGUUACACUGUCAAGAAAAUAAAAUACAUUCCUUGAAAAAAAAUUGACAUGGUUCCGAUACCUUGUGACAUUUGAUAUGUUUUAAAGUACAAUGAUACAGUCAUUUCAACUUUACAUUUUGCACAGAUUUGUUAAACUUGGUAAGAUUUGUGCAUUUGGUGACAAUAGCUACAUGUUUUGUUUCAAAGGAGAUAACUCAUUUGAUAUAAUAGUAUUAGUCUUGUACAAGUUAUCUUUCUUUGAUG